AUGAGCAUCCCUCAGCUUCGUGCGCCGUCGGUGGACGAACUUCGGAAGUUCUACGUCGGCAAGAAGAUCGACGACGUUCCAAAACCCGCAGUCGUUCUUGAUGUUGCCAAGGCAAAGAGACACUGUCAGUCUAUGCUUGAUGCCGCCAAGGCUCUCGGGGUGGGCUUCCGAGCUCAUGUAAAGACUCAUAAGACUACCCAACUUGCAAGGCUUCAAGCAGGCGAAGACUCGCCAGAGGUGAAGCUCGUGGUCUCCACCAUUCCCGAAUUAGAACAUCUAUUUCCCCUUCUCAAGGAAUUCAAGGACAACGGCCGGCAGGUCAACGUUCUUUAUGGCAUUCCUCUCCCGCCGUCACAAGCCACCAGAGCCGCGGAACUGGCGCGCGAGCUCGGUCCUGGCACAAUCACUUUUAUGAUCGAUCACCCGACACAGCUCGAUGCUGUUGUUCACUUCUCGCAAAAGGCUGGAUUUGCGGCUGGAAUCUAUCUCAAGGUCGACACCGGCUAUCACCGCGCAGGUUUGCCGCCGUCAAGUCUUAACAAGAAUGACUUGAUCGCAAAGGUCAUGCAGCUCGAGGCUGAAGGCAAAGCUACUUUGACUGGACUGUACUCUCACAGCAGUCUUAGUUACGCCGACACUGGCGCUAAAGAAGCUAUGGACAAUCUUGCGGGGGAGAUCAAGGGCUGUGUUGAUGCACUCAAGAGCAACGCUCAGCACUUCCACAAAGACAAGAAGCUGACCAUCAGCGUCGGUGCGUCACCACAAGUGACCGCGAUCCAGAACUUCGCUGGAGCCAAUGCGACACAGAAUCCUGACAGCGAGUCCCUCCGGAGCACGAUCCAGGAAGUCACAAAGGGCGAACUACUUGGUUUCAAGGUGGACCUCGAGCUUCAUGCCGGUGUCUAUACCACCCUUGACAACCAACAACUCUCGACACACGCCAGAACAUUCCUCGGAGAUGUCGAGGACGAAGUUGCCAUCUUCGUCGCGGCCGAGGUCUGCAGCGUGUACAACGAUGGGGAACGUCAGCAGCCGGAGGCCCUUGCUGCAGUCGGUGUGCUUGGACUUGGCCGAGAGCCGUGUCCUUCCUACAAGGGAUGGGGCGUUGUCAGUCGCAAAUCAUACGCGAAGGAAGUCAGUACACAGCAUCGACUUGUUGUGGGAAGGGUCAGUCAGGAGCACUCUAUUCUCACCUGGAAUACUGGGUCAGAAGGCAGCGGCAAGGAACAGCUGCCGCCCGUACCCCUCGAAAUUGGACAGAGUGUCCGGAUCUACCCCAAUCAUGCAUGUGUAGCAGGAGCUAUGUACGGCUGGUAUUUGGUGGUAGAUUCCAGCGAAGGGGAUGAGUCAAAGAUAGUCGAUGUUUGGGUGCGCGCAUCUGGGUGGUAG